UGCUCCGAGGUAGCGCGCCUGAGCGUUCCGCAAGGCCGGCUCCCCGGCGGGGUCGCGCGCGCGGUCACGGGGCUCGCUCCCGAGGGGCAGGUCGGGGCUGGGAGCUGGCGCUGGGGUCGGGGUGGCGGCGGCGGCCUGGGCCGCGAGGUCGACGCCCGCUGCUGCAGCGGCAGAGGCUGAAGGAUCCGCCGCGGCGCUGUCGCCGGAGAGGGAGGGCCCCGCUGCCGUCGGUGAAACCAGCCCAGAGAAGUUACGGGAUUUGCCCCCGGGUCUCCUGCCCAGCAAGCCAGCGCCGUGACCCAGGUGUGGGGGAUGAUGGUGACACGUCUCACUCACGUGUGAAGAUCUGUUCAAGCACAUGUGUCUUGGAAGCCGUUUAAACAGAAGUGGGAAGUGGUCGCCAGAGGACUGCGCUCUCUCCUGUCACUUCCUGUGACUCCGGCUGGAACUCGUGGUGACCUCAGAAUUCUCCAUACACCAGCACAGCCCCGUCCCCGACCAGCCGAGGUAGCAACAGCAACAGCUCCGGCACAAGGGCUCUGCGCACCAGGCCCACAUGCCUGAGACAGGUGCCUGGCAUCCUGGUGAAGCACAUGGUUUCCAAAAAAGGUCCUGACAAGUCCCUGGACAUCUGAGCAGAAACGGGUCUCAGCUUCCCGCCUCUUCAGCCUCAAGUGUAUCACAGGCGUCUGUGCCUCACUAUCCUCGUCUAUAACUGGGAUGGAACCACUGCACUCCAGGUUCCUUGCUGGGGGCUGAGUGUGGCCUGAGGGACAGGCCCUGGGUCCCGGGAUGCCCCUGCCUGAGCCCAGCGAGCAGGAGGGCGAGAGUGUGAAGGCCGGCCAGGAGCCAUCCCCCAAGGCAGGCACGGACGUCGUCCCGGCAGCCCCCAGGAAGCCCAGGGAGUUCUCCAAACUGGUCCUGCUCACAGCCUCCAACCAAGAUGAGGAUGGGGUGGGAUCCAAGCCCCAGGAAGUGCACUGCGUCCUGUCCCUGGAGAUGGCUGGCCCCGCCACCCUCGCCAGCACCGUGCAGAUCCUGCCAGUUGAGGAGCAGGGAGGGGUGGUCCAGCCAGCCCUAGAGAUGCCUGAACAGAAGUGCAGCAAGCUGGAUGCAGCAGCCCCUCAGUCCCUGGAGUUCCUGAGGACACCAUUUGGGGGCCGCCUCCUGGUGCUGGAGUCCUUCCUGUACAAGCAGGAGAAGGCAGUGGGGGACAAGGUGUACUGGAAGUGCCGCCAGCAUGCUGAGCUGGGCUGCCGGGGCCGGGCCAUCACCCGAGGCCUGCGGGCCACAGUGAUGCGGGGCCACUGCCACGCGCCUGAUGAGCAAGGCCUGGAGGCCCGGCGCCAGAGGGAGAAACUGCCCAGCCUGGCCCUGCCAGAGGGCUUGGGAGAGCCCCAGGGUCCUGAGGGCCCUGGAGGCCAAGUGGAGGAGCCCCUGGAGGGGGUGGGCCCGUGGCAGUGCCCUGAGGAGCCCGAGCCCACUCCUGGGCUGGUGCUGAGCAAGCCAGCCCUGGAGGAGGAGGAGGCACCCCGAGCCCUGUCACUGCUGAGCCUGCCGCCCAAGAAGCGCUCGAUCCUGGGGCUGGGACAGGCCCGGCCCCUCGAGUUCCUGAGGACGUGCUAUGGGGGCAGCUUCCUGGUACACGAGUCGUUCCUCUACAAGCGGGAGAAGGCUGUCGGGGACAAGGUGUAUUGGACCUGCCGGGACCACGCGCUGCACGGCUGCCGGAGCCGGGCCAUCACCCAGGGACAGCGGGUGACUGUGAUGCGUGGUCACUGCCACCAGCCUGAUAUGGAGGGCCUGGAAGCCCGGCGGCAGCAGGAGAAGGCCGUGGAGAUGCUGCAGGCGGGGCAGGACGGCCCUGGGAGCCAAGUGGACACACUGCUCCGAGGCGUGGAUAGUCUGCUCUACUGCAGGGGUCCGGGUCCCCUGACUCUCACCAGGCCUCAGCCCAGAAAGCGAGCAAAGGUCGAAGACCAGGAGCUGCCAACCCAGCCCGAGGCCCCAGACGAGCACCAGGACAUGGACGCAGACCCUGGAGGCCCUGAGUUCCUGAAGACGCCCCUGGGGGGCAGCUUCCUGGUGUACGAGUCCUUCCUCUACCGGCGGGAGAAGGCGGCUGGGGAGAAGGUGUAUUGGACCUGCCGGGACCAGGCCCGCAUGGGCUGCCGCAGCCGCGCCAUCACCCAGGGCCGACGGGUGACUGUCAUGCGUGGUCACUGCCACCCGCCCGACCUGGGGGGCCUGGAGGCCCUGAGGCAGCGGGAGAAACGCCCCAACACGGCGCAGCGGGGGAGCCCAGGCUCCUGUGCUGCUGUGCUGCUGUGUCCUGCAGGGUCCUCCUGCCUCCCGAGCCUCCCCGCUCCACAUGGCCCCUGCCCAGCCCUCUCCAUCCCUCUUGAAGGAGGCCCCGAGUUCCUGAAGACGCCCCUGGGGGGCAGCUUCCUGGUGUACGAGUCCUUCCUCUACCGGCGGGAGAAGGCGGCCGGGGAGAAGGUGUAUUGGACCUGCCGGGACCAGGCCCGCAUGGGCUGCCGCAGCCGCGCCAUCACCCAGGGUUGGCGGGUCAUGGUCAUGCGCAGGCACUGCCACCCACCGGACCUGGGCGGCCUGGAGGCCCUGCGGCAGCGGGAGCACUUCCCCAACCUGGCGCAGUGGGACAGCCCAGAUCCUCUCCGGCCCCUGGAGUUCCUGAGGACUUCCCUGGGGGGCAGGUUCCUGGUGCACGAGUCCUUCCUCUACAGGAAGGAGAAGGCGGCUGGGGAGAAGGUGUACUGGAUGUGCCGGGACCAGGCUCGGCUGGGCUGCCGCAGCCGCGCCAUAACCCAGGGCCACCGCAUCAUGGUCAUGCGCAGCCACUGCCACCAGCCUGACCUGGCAGGCCUGGAGGCCUUGAGGCAACGGGAGCGGCUCCCCACCACGGCCCAGCAGGAGGACCCAGAAAAGAUUCAAGUUCAGCUGUGCUUCAAGACGUGUUCUCCUGAAAGCCAGCAGAUUUAUGGGGACAUCAAAGACGUCAGACUGGAUGGCGAGUCCCAGUGAGGCGAUGUGGGCAGAGGAGCUCUGAGCCGCCCACCCAAGGUGGCUUCACAUCCACACAGGCACUUCCCAUCCACUUAGGUUUGGCUUAGCAGAAACUUCUUUUCAUUCUUCCAAAGCAUCGAUGGUCUUCGCGUCUCCUCAGGAGGUCUCCCAGGAGGAAUUCUUGGAUGGUGUCCUCGUGUCGGCGGAGAACAGUGCUCAGAGCUGGCGCUUGCAGAUGCAGCUGUCGUGGGGCAGGGCGGUGGCACCUUCCUGACCUUUGGAAGACAUGACAAAGCUGCCUGGAUACGGACGCCCCUGCUGUACGGCCACAGCACCCCUGGGUUUGCAGAGCACGCAGCCUUCCUAGGGCUUUCCACCUGGCGAGGCCCCGCUCUGCUCAGCACGGUGCAAAGUGAAUGCCGCUGUCUUGGAGCCUGGGCACGUUUGGGGAAGUUCCUGCUUCAAACUGAGCUGCCCCGCAAAGGCCAGGUCAACCCACACCGAUCUUUUCUGGACAGGUGCUGGGUAGGCCUUCCUGGUCUCUGGCCGCCUGCUGCCAGGGUGUGGCCAUCCCCAGCAACCGGAGCCGGCCAAACCAGAGGCCUCGCUCCGCGCUCCACACUUUGCUUUCUGUGCUCCUUCCAAGUUAAAUUAAACCCCCUCUCCACAAUUCCCACGGCAGACGUCACUCCUCGAGAUGGGAGCCAGCCCAGGGGUCAGCAGGAGCCAGUGCUGGGCACACGUGCCCUGGCUGAGGCCAGCGGCAUCCUGGGUGGCUCAGGUCCAUCCUGGGCAGCAAAAGCGUGUCCCCUUCUGUCAGACAGCUUCACAGAGUGUGGCUUCACCAGUCAGAGGGAGCAGUCCGGAGAGGCAAGAUGACCCCACCGGGACUGCAAAGCCUCCUGCUUACUAACAAGGACCUGUCCGCAGCCGCGAGGUCCUUCACUCCCACCCUGUAAUUGUAGGGGGAGUGCCAGCAACAGGCCUGUCCCCUGGCAAGUUGGCCAUGGAGCCCACCAUGCACUGCCAGGCUGUGACAGCCUGGGCACCCCUGCUUCUCCUCUGCUUAUGCGGUUCCCCCAAUAAAUCCUAUUUUCCAUCUCACCGUGUGGAGCUGGGAUUUGUUCACAUCCCUCUUGCAGCAACAGUUGGCCGCCGUGAAACCACACUCCGUCACAUCUCCAUGCCAGUGCCCAGGGGGAGACCCCUCCCCAUGCCUGGGCUGUUACAGUCACCUGGCCCAGACGUAACCUGGACCAAGAGUGGACGGAGACACCUGGAGUUGGGGCCUCUGGAAGCGCUGCUGAGGGGCCGGCUGCAGCCUGUGGCUUCUCCCAGGCCCGGAUAUGGCAGGACAUUUGCGUCGUGUUGCUGGAAGAGGCAGGAUGCUCUGUUCUCGCCAUUAGCCUGCGUUACCCCUAGACUCAUCUGCAUAAGCCUGGGCAAGUGGCACCCCUGGGCUAAGGGCAGACUUGCCCACCUGUCCAUCCUUUGCCUAUGGCAGAGGACACACAACACAGUGGCUGCGCUUUGGGCAGUGUUCUUGGCCCUGAAGCAUCCUGCCCCGAGGCUGACCGAACUGCCCCCAGCUGCACUCAUGGCCAAGGCUACAGACCCAGUACUCCAAUCCCGACUCCCACUGUGUGGUCCAAGUGUGCACGCCCACAGGAGGCAGCCAUGCCCGAGGAAGGUACUUGCUGAAAGAUGGUCCAGUUCAUGCCGCCACCAGCUGGACCUCUGAUCAGGCCCCCUGCAGAAGGGGAAGCUCCCCACGUGCCCAAGAUACGAGAGAAACGCCCGGGUCACAGCAGCCUGAGUCACUGCAGCCUCUGCUACCUGCCAAGCCUGCGCCCUCCACCUGUGGGCUCCUUGCCUCUGUGAUGGGGCCUCCACGGCCAGCAUCUUCCCGCCAUGGUCACAUGAUGCCAUGCCCUGCUCUGGGCACCCCUAAGCGGGUAUGAGGUGAAUCAGAGGAAGAAUAUCAGCUUCUCUUCCCUUCUGGACAUUUGCGUCAUUGACCGGGACUGGCCCACUCUUCCUCUGCCUCACGCCUGCUUUGACCUUAGAAGACAGACGGCAGCCCCCGUUGCUGGGCUGAGAUUCUCCAAUGGACGUGAAUUUGGAUGAUGCUGUUGCCUUGGGUGGCUUCAUGGCCACCAACCCGCACCCUGGUGGCCACUCAGCCAUGACAAGGGCCUGACAGCCACUAAGUGAGCUUCAGAGCCUUCCCCUUGGAAAGUUCCAGGGCCACCAGAUGUCGCCUGCCCAGUCACUGUCACAGAGUUAAAGUGUGCGGGUGAACGCUGGCCGCAGAGCGUGCAGCCCAGCAGCAGCUCAGCGGGGCAGCUCCUGCUUCCAGCCCUGCCUCUGCUGGUGCUUCGCCCACAAACCCUGCCGUAUGACAUUUGCACCACAUGGUGUGUGUCUGUGCCCUUUGACAUGACAGUGCCAACAACAUCUCAUGAAAUUUAAAAUAAAUCCCCAAGGCAUCAGAAACGUA